GUAUACACUCUUCCAUACCCUCUUUGAAAAAAGUAGGCGCCAGAGGUCACCAUCAUGGCGGACCAAGGAGACGAUGGAGGUCCUCCAAAGAAGAAAUUCGACAUCGCAAGCUGGGAAGAGGCGUACACAUACAAUCCUGGAGGGGACAACAGUCACCUCAAUCCUGUUAUGAAGACGCUUUUGGCGACGUUCCACUACACCGUCGACAAGCCAGUGACUGCCAUCCACGAUUGGAUCAAGGCUCAGCAGCAGAAAAACAAAUACCCGUACUACCACCGUAAGUUCCGCCGUGUUCCCGGGAUCGAGGACUGUGACAUCAACGACCAGGUCUGCAUCUACGAGGCCAACGAACAGUUCAAACGAGACCAUCUUGUAGAUCAGGAGAUCCUGCGUUUGGCGCGGCAAGACUGGAUGCGAUGCUGCUUCGAGGAGGGCGACAGUCACUAUGUGAACUGCAGGGACCUAAAACAGCGCUAUGAUUCAGCUCAGAAUGGCUAUGACAUCAAGUAUGGAGACCUGGGAGUGUAUGGGAAUGCCUUCAAAGCAUUCAUGAAGCAGAAACAUCGCAUGAUAGAAGAACGAAGAGAGGCAGAAAAACAAGAGUCAUAAUAAAACCUGCAUCUAGGCUUCCUUUCACUUUUUUCUUCUUAACUGACACAAAUAUGAACCAUACAACAUGAGGCAGAACAUGUUUGAGAUUUGUGUGUGAUGAUAGACCAAAACAGUUUCUCCUAGAAUGGAAAUCAGGAUUGUUGACAUCCAUAAGCAUUAGAUGGAGGUUGUUGGCAGGUGUAUUGACUUGUACCAGUAUGCCUCUAUCCAUAUCACUUCACUCUAGUGUCCUGAAGUUGUAAAAUAAAACAUAACUUCAAAUGUUUGU